AUGCUGGCAUCUAAAUAUGAAACAUGUUUACUAUUCAAUGAUCAACGAAAGAACCUGGAAUCACCUUAUGGAGAAAUUCGUUUUAAAGACAACUUAACCAAAGUAUCACCAAGUGAUGCAGAACUUUCUGAUUCUUUGACCGUUCAUUUUAAGUCUCUUCGACGCGAUAGUACCUUAAAUCGGAUCAUCGAACAGGAAAUGAACGGUGUUAGAAAGAUUAUACCUGAAGCCAUAUGGAAGAACUUGUCAUAUUCUCAAAAACGUUGGCAGCUGUUUACAGUUUUAUACGAGGAAGCUAUUGACUAUGUUUCAAUGGAUACUCUGUGCAUUGCAAUAUCACUUUUAGAUCGUUGCUAUUCUACGAAACCCUCUAUCCCUUCGAAAGCUUUCAAGAUUUAUGCAAUUGGAACUUUGUUUGUCGCCUGUAAACUCACAAGCGACUAUACGGUUGCUAAAAAAAGUUUCUGUAAGCAGCUUGCACCAAGUCUAUCGAUACGUGAAUUGGAGAAAUAUGAAAAAAUUGUACUGUCGCUAUUGUCCUACAAUAUUUAUGUCUUAUCGCUUCCGUCCGUUGAAUCCUACCUUACUCCUCUAAUUUUCCAGCAUUGGUUUUUCAAAACUCUUUCAGAAGAGGAUUCCGAGCAGCUGAUGUGUGAGUGGCAGUACAUGUUAAUUGAGAUAAUGAAGGAUUGUCGAUUUACUGCGUUUAGGCCAAGUGAAAUUAUAUGCGCCUCCCUAUGGAUCAUCCUCGAUGUUAUGUGGCCUUCUCGAUUUGUAAUUACUUCUUUCUUCUAUUUGUGUACUUCUAUGGACAUUGAAGAUGACAAAGAAAACGAACUGAAAUACUUAAAACGAUUUAAUGACUGCAUUGAACUCAUAUUUAAAAAAUCACCCUCUUUUUCAAGAGGAUAA